AUGGAUUCAAUCGAAAAAACGCUGACAGCAACUCAAAAUUUGCUGUGCGCGUUAGAACAUAACCCUGAGCGCGAAAGAGAAAAGGAUUUCUAUGAAAAAAUUCACUUUCUCCGUGAAAGCCACAAGGUUACUACAAAGUUUUUAGAAGAGAAAUGUCGUAGCACAACAUCUUUACAAAAUCAACGGUUCCUCGAAAAUGCAACAUAUCAUUCUUCUCCUGGAUGUACACACUAUUGGUCUGAUUUAAAACAAGAGAAGGAACCAGAGAAACACAAACAGUUCAGUUCAAGCGUUAUGAGAAGGAAAGAUCAUAAAAUACCUGCGCGGCCACGCUUGCUUCCUUCAAAAAUGAAUAAGUCAAAGAAUAAAUCGAAAGCUCAGGAAGAGAAUCAAGAGCUCAAAGAGCAGCCAGCUGCAAACAAACAAACUGUACCAAAACCUUUCAAGUUUUUGACAAGAAAACCUUUGGGAAACACGUACUCUAGGAAAUUCAUUGAAGACAUGAUUUUAAAAAAAGAAGCUGAAAAAGUUGAAGAGAAAAAGAUGUUGGAAUCAUUGAAGCCAUUCAAAGCUUCUCCCAUUCCUUCGACAACUUAUAUAUCCAACAAUAAGUUUGUAAAUGAUCCGAAAUAUCUCGAGUCAAUCCAGAAACUAAUCAAACAAAGAUUAUCGGCAUCUCAACAGAAGCUUAAAAGCAAAAGUUGUGCAGACUUAACUCGUAUUACUUCAAGGCCUGUUCCUCUAUCAACUUAUAUUUCAUCUGGAGAUUUGAACAAACUUCAUCGAGAACGAGAUCAGUCGAAACGAGCAACCAGUUUAUUAAAAGAAGCUCAUUCACCUCCAGGCAUAAAGGAACACUCUAUUAAGACGAACAUAGCAUUCCGACUUCGUCACAAAAAAUGUGUUGAGGAUGAGCAGAAGCUCAAACCUCCCAAAAAAGUUCCCGAUUUCAAAACGCUUCAUAAACAGUUCAAGAACACGCAAGCGAGAUCAAGACCAAGAACAACGCUGGUGAUCCCGUUCAACUUCUCAGAAACUAAGAAUUCAAAACAUCGAAAAUGUCGUUCGGCCACCCCGUCUCGUCGAUUCUCUGCCAAUCCAGUUCCCAUUUUUUCUAACUAUGAUUUUAACACCUAUAGAACCACAUUAUCGACUCAGCUCCGUUUGGAAGCAACAAGGAACAAGCUAUCUGAAGAAAAUAGCAAAAAACCUGGUGGUUUCUGGAGUUUCAAUAAUGAUCGAAUGAAAUCAGCAAAGAAUAAGUUGAUAUCAACCGUUAAAAAAUCUCAGAGCACCUCAGACAUAUCAAAAAAAGCAAAAGAGAAACGAUCAAACCUGAUGUCUCUGACCCAUGAGUACAAUUUACAAUUGAAAGAAAUGCAAGAACGGGUUCUAAACCGGCCUCUAAUUAUGGAAAUGCAAACUUCUACUUCUCACAAAAAUGCUUUGGAUAGGAAAUUUAAAAAUAUUAUGAACAAUGUCAAGAAGAAUAAGAGAGAAAAACCAAGUACUUCUGAUGUUUCCAACAACACUUAUUCCGUUCAUCGAGAAGGAAGCGAGGUUACCACUGCGCACAGUGAAGAGAAAGAAGACGAUGAAAAACUAAGUGAGGAACCGUACGAGUCCACAAAGAAAAGUGUAUCGUCAAGCUCGUCUUUUUCCUCUACUUCUUCAGUGUCUUCCUCAACAACAUCAUCCAAAACUUCUUCUUCGACUUCAUCCUGA